UUAGGAGUAUCGUAAUAGGUGGGGUAUGAGUUACUGUGAUAUAAAAGUGAACUUUAACAAGACUACUUUUGUAACCCGACGCUCCAAAUGACGUAGUGAUGCUUGUGUCCUAUAAGGAUCCUCCUCCUCUUGUCUCCUGGUUUGAGACCUUUUUUCAGCAAACAUCGACAAGCCGACAUCUUUUUCAACUACAUACCUGUGUGCCAAAAGGGAAUACAAUGAAGAUGGCCGGGGCAAUCAUAGAAAACAUGAGCACGAAGAAGUUGCUCAUCGUCGGAGUCAUCCUUCUUCUUUUCCAAGUAUUUUCAUUUAUGGUAGGAGGCUUGAUUGCGCCAAGUCCAACUGCAGCUGUUCCCUACAUCGCUACAAAGUGCGUCGAUGUGGUCCACCACAGCCAGAGAAAGAAUAAGUGGUUCACACCCUGGGGUCCCAACCAGUGCAACAAGAUCAAGGAUUUUGAUGAGGCCACAGCGAAGAGGAUCGAGGCGAACAACAUUGUUUUUGCAGUGCACAUUCCUGGACCAAACAAAGAGAUGAGCCCAUGGUUCCAAUUUAUGCUGGUAAUACUCCAAUUUGACAUUGCAUUCAAAAUGUAUAACCAAAUUGAUGAUGGAGCAGUGGUGACUAUUGAUGUGGGCUUGGCCUACAGGGAUGAUUCAGUGAGUGAGUGGACUGAGAUGGCACAUUCCAUUGAGCAGCGUAAACUGAGCUGCAACUUUACAACAGAGAAAACUAUUGAGAAUGAGGGACGCUACUAUGAGUGUGACCUCUUGCCUUUCAUGGAGGUGGGCAAUGUUGCACACAAGUAUUACCUCCUUAACCUCAGACUGCCUGUGAAUGAACGUAAGCAGGUUAACGUUGGCAUUGGGGAAAUAAAGGACAUUAGGCUGGUGGGAAUUCACCAGAAUGGUGGCUUCACAAAGGUGUGGUUUGCCAUGAAGACCUUCCUGACACCCAGCAUUCUCAUCAUCAUGAUUUGGUACUGGAGGCGCAUAACUCUGAUGACCAGGCCACCUGUCCUGUUGGAGAAGAUGAUCUUUGCUUUGGGGCUGUCCAUGACCUUUAUCAACAUUCCAGUGGAGUGGUUCUCUGUGGGAUUCAACUGGACAUGGAUGCUGCUGUUUGGGGACAUUCGCCAGGGCAUUUUCUACGCAAUGCUUCUGUCCUUCUGGAUCAUCUUCUGUGGGGAGCAUCUCAUGGACCAGACAGAGAGGAACCGCUUUGGAGUGUACUGGAAGCAGAUUGGGCCCAUUGUCUUUGGCUCCUUCUGUCUUUUCAUUUUUGACAUGUGUGAGAGAGGAGUGCAGCUGAAGAACCCUUUCUUCAGCAUCUGGGCCUCAGAAGUCGGGACAGAGUUGGCCAUGGCCUUUAUCAUUGUUGCAGGAAUCUGUGCUUGUCUGUAUUUUCUCUUCCUCUGUUUCAUGGUCUUCCAGGUGUUCCGCAACAUCAGCUGCAAGCGGUCAUCCCUCCCUGCCAUGACCAGGGCACGCAGACUUCACUACGAGGGCCUCAUCUUUCGCUUCAAGUUCCUCAUGCUGGUCACACUAGCGUGCGCUGCCAUGACGGUCAUCUUCUUCAUCAUCAGCCAGGUCAAUGAGGGCCACUGGCACUGGGGGGACUACACCGUCCAGGUGAACAGCGCCUUCUUCACUGGAAUCUACGGCAUGUGGAACCUGUACGUUUUUGCACUUCUCUUCCUCUACGCACCCUCACACAAACAGUAUGGAGACGGGCAGUCCAGCGGGGACCAGCUUGGAGCCAACAGCGGAGAGGACAUCCAGCUCACCACCACCAUCACUCACGUGGACGGCCCCACAGAGAUAUACAAGAUGACGGGCAAGAACGCACAAGAGUAGCCACUGUCUCCUCCUCCUCCUCCUCCUCCUCCUCCUCCUCCAACCGGAUGGCAUGCCUUCAACUCAUCACUGCAACACUCCACCAAUGUUACUUCUUGUAUACACAAGUUACCAGUAUGUCUAACUCCAGUAUAAAUAUAUUAUAUAUCAGCUCUAUGACAAAUCUGUAUUUUCGUACACUUUCACACUGAUAGAGAUAAAUAUAUAUUAGAUAAAAGUGAGUGUAAACAAAGUUGAUGCGGGGUGGGGCUUUCACAUGAGAAUGUUUUUAGGAAGAUGCAAUUUAGUGUGGUUAUCUAAGUAGUUAGGACAUCUUGAAAAUGGGAGUGACAAGAUGAAAAUGUUUACCUUUUUUUCUUACAUUUUGACUUUGCCAGUAUAUAAGUUGUUGGCUGUGAAUAUAUUAGUGCCAAAUAAAUCUUAACAAGUUUUCAAUA